CUUGCAAUGCACUGGAAUAGUUUACGGACUUGUGGACCGUCCAGCCUACUUACGAAGGGAUUUAUAUUAUUCGUGUCUGGAUUUUGUUCUUAAGAGUCUUCUCUAGAUAAGUUGGAUAUACAUAUCUUUCGGACUAAAAGCUCAACGACAGAUUGCUAGCUACCACCACGGGGUGAUUACAAUGACAGAAACCGUGUGAUCGUUACACUGAGGGCUAACAGGGAAAACACGGCCAUGUCACGACGCCUGCGAGCUUCCAGCGGCUCUUACAAUGUCCGAGCCAAUGAGAUCGCUCGGGAGAAACAGGAGAGAAAGAUGCGGUGUUACGUCGGUUUUCUUGACGACACGGAGGAGAUCUUUGAGAUUGAGAGGCGAGCCAAGGGACAGACGUUACUGGAGCUUGUCUUCAACCAUCUGGACUUGAUCGAAUGCGACUACUUUGGGCUUCGCUACUCAGACAGCCUGACCAUCUCAGAGACCAAACGAUGGCUGGACCCAUUGAAGUCAAUACGGAAACAGGUCAAAGGGCCGAUGUAUUUGACCUUCGCCGUCAAAUUUUUCGUCUCUGAUCCGAGCAAGCUACAAGAAGAGUACACUCGCUAUCAAUACGUCCUGCAGCUGAGAAAAGACUUGCUGGAGGGAAGACUGACCUGUUCUUUCAACAUGGGAGCUUUACUAGCUUCGUACAUCGUACAAGCUGAACUGGGCGACUAUGACCCUGAGGAGAAUCCGCCUGGCUACCUCAAGAACUUUCAGCUCGUGCCAGAACAGACGGAAGAAUUCACCAAGGAGGUAGAACACCUCCACAAAGCAAACUUCGGGCAGUUGCCAGUGGAUGCCGAGUUCAACUUCCUGCAGAAAGUGAAGAACCUAGAGAAGUAUGGAGUGGACUUCCAUAAUGCAAGGGACCAGGCGGGGAUGGAGAUCUGUAUAGGCAUCACUUCGCUGGGCGUGGUCGUCUUUCAGAACAACGUCCGCAUCAACACUUUCUCAUGGGCUAAGAUUAUCAAGAUCUCCUUUAAAAGGAGGCAGUUCUUCAUCUGCCAGCGACGAGAAUUAAAUGAAACCAGAGAUACAGUUAUAGGCUUCAACAUGGCCAGUUAUAGACACUGUAAGAACCUAUGGAAGUCCUGCGUGGAGCAUCACACGUUCUUUAGACUAGUUGAACCCCAGCCGCAGCCCAAGAAACGUGUCUUCUUCCAGCUGGGGUCAAAGUUUAGAUAUAGUGGGAGAACAGAAUAUCAAACAGUAGAAGAUGCCAAAAGGCGACUAGCCACAAAAGACAGGAACUUUGACAGGUCACCAAGCAAAAGGUUAUUCAGACGAACAAUCAGCGGUACGACGUCCGAAAUCAUCCGGACCGAAACCAGAAGUCUGCCGUCGAGAACCAGUAACCAUAAGCCCCUCCUUGAUAACCACCCAAUGACGUGCAGUCUACCAACAAGAUCGUCCAAAAACAAAUCACUCGGAAUCAACUAUAAAAACAGCCGGUACAGCAGCUUUGACGGUCAAGUCCCCGUUUCACCCAAUGGCAUCCGUGAGAAUGGCAUAUCAAAGAGUGAAGAGCUACUUCAUCCUCCUAAGAUCAUGUUUAUGGAUGAUGGAGGAAGUGAUUUAAGUCUAACGGAACGGUCGUAUGAUCUCGCCAACGAUGGACCAACGCCAAAUGGAUCAUCACCUCAGGGCGAUCCCCUCGUCUCAAUACGCAUCAAAAGUGAUGAGAGAGGGCGCUUUGGCUUCAAUGUGAAAGGUGGGGCAGACCAAGGCAGCCCUAUCAUCGUUUCGAGGGUUGCACGGAACACGCCGGCUGACCAGUGCAUCCCCAGACUAAAUGAAGGUGACCAAAUCUUGUUCCUGAACGGCAAGGACAUGACACAGUGUAGCAAUGAGCAGGUGGUCAGUGCCAUUCGCUCCAUAGGGGACGCUGCAAAUAAAGACUUGCUACUCACGGUCAGACCAAACGUCUAUGUGGGUGAAGAAGUGGAGGAGGAGCCUGCGUUUCAGUACAUCCCAGAGAGCCCUCGUGUGCCCAACGGUGGAAUGGAAAGCGACCCCCUCGUAGAGUCCAUCAUGCUGCUACAGGAGGGGUUAGAGGUCGGCACAGCGCUGGCACAGUUUGAGCAACUCUACCGGAAGAAGCCGGGUAUGACGAUGAAUGCUAGUCGCCAUGCGGAUAAUAUAGUCAAGAACAGAUACCGAGAUAUUUCACCCUAUGACGCUAGCAGGAUAAUCCUGCAGGGAGCGGAUGGUGGGGACUACAUUAACGCUAAUCUCAUUACGAUGGAGAUCCCUGUAAGUAACAUAAGCAAUUCCUACAUAGCGGCCCAGGGCCCACUUCCCAACACAUGCGCUGAUUUCUGGUACAUGGUAUGGGAACAAGACAGCACGCUUAUCGCGAUGUUAACCACCAAUGUUGAGAGAGGAAGGGUUAAAUGUCACAAGUACUGGCCUGAUCUAGGUCAAAGGUUAAUCUUUCCUCCCGACCUCGAGGUGUCAUGCACGAGUGCAGAAGAAACGCCAUCAUUUGCAUAUCGGGAUUUCCUCGUUACACAUAUGAAGACUGGUGAGUCUCGCAAAGUGCUUCAAAUGCAAUAUAUAGCAUGGCCUGACCACGGGGUGCCUGACGACUCGUCAGACUUCUUGGAUUUCGUCCUGAGGGUGCGGCAGAACAGAGUUGGAAUGACAGCGCCAACAUUAGUACACUGCAGUGCUGGCAUUGGUCGGACGGGCGUCUUGAUCACCAUGGAAACGGCAAUGUGUCUUAUAGAGAGUAACCAACCGGUGUACCCAUUGGAUAUCGUCAGGACGAUGCGCGACCAGCGAGCCAUGCUGGUUCAGACAACGGCGCAGUAUCGCUUUGUGUGUGAAGCCAUAUUAAGAGUAUACAUGGAUGGCAUUGUAGGACCCCUCGAUGAAUAUAAAUUCAAGAGUAACGGACAUCAGGAUGAGUCUUAACCCUGGUUUUAUUUAGCCUUCCUUCCUCCCUCCUUGAAUCCAUCCAAGAAUCCAAGAGGCAUCGGAACAACGCUCCUCUCCAAACGUCAACCAGACUCUGCUACUACCCUGAACCAAAGAGCUUGAACAGGAGAUAUAUCAUACCCUGAUUGAGGUCUUGUUCACCCAAUCGAGGUUGACCUUGUUCUUGAAAUCAUCCAGGAGGUACAUGUAUCAGAACUCUGCUACCCUACCCCAAAGAGCUUAUCAACCUCGAACAAGAGAUAUGAUAUACACUGAUUGAGACCUUGUUCUCCCAAUCGAGGUAGAUCUUGUUCUUGAAUCCAUCCAAGAGGCAUCGGAACAACGCUCCUCUCCAACCUUAAACGAGACUCUGCUACCCUAUCCAGAAAAGCUAACCAACCUUGAACAGGGGUUAUGUAAUACCCUGAUUGAGACCAUCUUCACCCAAUCGAGGUCAUCAUGGACCCUAGUUGACAACAGACAAAAUACCAAUCAACACUCCAAUCCCAGCUAGACUUGGGGCGUAUGCUACACAUACCUCAAGGGGUUAUCAACCGUGAACAGGGAAUAUGUAAUACCCUCAUUGAGACCAAGUUCACCCAAUCGAGGUCAUCAUGGACCCAAUUUUACAACAGACAGAAUGCCAAUUAACACUCUCAAAUCCCGUCUAGACUCGAGGCGUCUGCCAGUAUACCUCGAUUGAGACCUUGUUCACCCAAUCAAGGUCAUCAUGGACCCCCAAAUGACAACAGACAGAAUGCCCAUCAACACUGUCUAAUCCCAGCUAGACUCGAGGUGUCUGCAACACACACCUCAAGGGGUUAUCAACCUUGAACAGGAGAUACGUAGUACCCCGAUUGAGACCUUGUUCUCCCAAUCUGGUAAGCUGGUUUGUGAUUGGUGGUGCUCUGCAAUGUCCCUGGUAUGUAAGCCGGUUUGUAAUUGGUCUGCUAAAAUGUGCAUGAUAUGACCUUAUAAUAUUUCAAUUCGCAUAAGUCCCUCCCACAUCUUUGCACAAAUUUACACAAAUCAAAUGACAUUGAAGAUGUUGUCUUAACCACCAAAUUUUCUGCAAAAGUUUCCUCAACUACAUGUACAUGCUGUUAUUUUUUAUUUUCAUUGAGUAACGUCCAAGCUGUGCUAUUAAUAGAAGUUUAGAUUCACGCUUUUGCAGAACACAAACGGCAGAAACACCAGAGCUUGAGUCCUGUACUCUCAACCGCUAGGCCAUGACACUCUACUAAAUUUGUUUACCUUUGUCAUUACAAAUUUUAGGUACAAUUUAUUUUAUACAGUUUUUGGUUAGAGUGGAUUAAUGCCUGUCGUCGUCUCUGAAAAUGAUAAAAGUUACGGUACUUAUACUUAAUUAACUCCAUCUACAAAUGCUACUUCCAUACUGUCUUCAAGUUGUGCAUUUUGAUGUAAAGCCUUGGGUAUGGAAAUAUUUCCUUAAUUUUUUUUUAUGGUAUUGUGCAGAUAUUUUAAAUUAUAAUUUGAACAGUCUCUUUAGUGACUUACUUUAUGCCUCACUGUAUCUCUGAAAUUAUUUAGUACAGUUUUUGUAUUAAGACCUAUUUAAAUUGGAAGAAAAAAAAAAUAAUAUUAUUCCUGAAUGGACUUAAUUUAAUUAACUUGGGUAUUUAUAUUUGGUGGUAACAAGCAACUGAAUGUUGUUGUUUGUUUGUUUGUUUCGGAUAGUCACUUGUAAACAACCCCUCCCAAAAAAUAACAAUGCAAAGUUGAGCUGUCCAAUUGUGGCUCCAAAAUUGGCAUAUGCCUCUGCGUAAAUUGAAAUCAAUUGCCUUGUUUCGCUGUUCAAAAGCAAUUCUUAUGACAAACGUGUGCAUGUAAAAAAAAAACCAAGUCUCUUCUCACUCCAAAACCAAGGGUAAAUCAAGGUAUACGUGUAAAACUUAAGUAAAUUUAUAUCUAUGAUGUGGUACCUGCUGCUAAAUAUAGGAUUAAAACUGCCUCUAGCUACCUGGCAACCUUGGUGGUCUAGUUGGUAAGACACU